CAAGGGCACAGACCACAAAAGCUAGGGCAGGCUGGAGGCCUGGGAGACUGUGGGCCGGUUGCUAUGGAGACCCGCCCGCGGUAUCCCGGCAUGCCUGGACACCAGGGGUUCAAUUGUAAGCUCCGCAACCGGCGCCUCUUGAUGACGUACACGGAAGCGUCGGCACCUCCUGGAGAAAGAGGGACCUGCGCAGCUCUUUCCGGGAGGCCAACGGCGGCGGCGUUUACAGCCCGGGUCCGACAGCUCUCGAGGAGUCUCCGAUGUGAGGCCGGAGGCCCCAGCCCCUACGGUCUUUAUAUUUGCUCUUCACCCUGCCAGGAAGGAUCCCUUUCUUGUCUGCCCAGCCCUCACCUGGUCUGUCUUCCCCUGGAAGCUGUCACUGCUGCAGCAAGCUCCAUAUCCUGUCUCGACACCUCUCCCAUAACACCCUAGUUUUCACUCUCUUCGCACCAUUAUAAAGAGCCCAGAUGCCCAUCCAGCCUCCAGGCAAAGAAACAGAAGAAAUGGAGGCAGAAGGCGACUCAGCAGCUGAGAUGAACGGGGAGGCGGAUGAGAGCGAGGAGGAGCGGAGCGGCAGCCAGACGGAGUCAGAGGAGGAGAGCUCAGAGAUGGAUGACGAGGACUAUGAGCGGCGGCGCAGUGAGUGUGUCAGUGAGAUGCUGGACCUGGAAAAGCAGUUCUCAGAGCUGAAAGAGAAGUUGUUCAGGGAACGGCUGAGCCAGCUGCGCUUACGACUGGAGGAAGUGGGGGCCGAGAGAGCCCCCGAGUAUACAGAGCCUCUUGGAGGGCUGCAACAGAGUCUAAAGGUCCGCAUUCAGGUGGCAGGAAUCUACAAGGGCUUCUGUCUGGAUGUGAUCAGGAAUAAAUAUGAGUGUGAACUCCAGGGAGCCAAACAGCACCUAGAGAGUGAGAAGCUGCUGCUGUAUGACACGCUCCUUGGGGAGCUGCAGGAGCGGAUCCAGAGGCUGGAGGAGGACCGCCAGAGCCUGGACAUCAGCUCUGAGUGGUGGGACGACAAACUUCAUCCCAGAGGCAGCUCGAAGACCUGGGACUCGCUGCCACCCAGCAAGAGGAAGAAAGCACCUCUCGUUUCUGGCCCAUACAUUGUCUACAUGCUGCAGGAGAUCGACAUCCUGGAAGACUGGACGGCCAUCAAAAAGGCCAGGGCAGCAGUGUCCCCUCAGAAGAGAAAAGCAGAUGGCCCCUGACCCUGUGUUUACACUCAGAGGGUCCUUGGAGCAGCUGGUACCAUACACGGGACUAACAUUUUCUGCAAAGGCAGGGGGUUGCCAGUCUUACUGCUCUCCCCUGACCCUCUGCCAACACUGGCCUGGACUCUUCUGCUGUCCUUGGGAUCGGCAUAGCUGUGGCUCUGAAGCUGACCUGGCCAAGCAAGACUGUUAUCUCCAAUCCGUGACCAGCCCACCACCUCCCCCUCCUCAGUGUCCCCCAACAAAGAAGAUGGACUUCAUCCAAAGCGGCAACCCUCCUGACUUUCAACCCUACCCCCAGCCACUAAGCCAGGAGCUGGGCCCCACUGCAGGAAGAACUCCUAAAAAAAAAAAAAAAAAAAAAUUCUGUCGGAGUCUUGCCCAUCCCAGCUGCCGCUGGAGAUGCAGCCUCCCAGUCUUUCUCAGGGCUAUUCCUGGUGUCUGCCUCCAAGAUUCCAAAGACUGGAAUAAAACUCAUCCUGAUAGCUUGACAUGA